AUGAGUGGUUCUUUUAACUGGUCCCUGGAAACAUUUGGGGAGUUAUACAAUACAUUUAAAUAUGAAGUUGAAAUUGAUUUAGAUACCUUAGAUUUUAGCAACAUCAAGAAUGACAUUAUACACGUUUUGACAACGCCUACACCACUGGAAGAAUCACGUAAAAAAUUGGGUGAUGGUAGUAAGCCAGUAACUUUGCCAAACGGGGAUGAAGUUGAGUUGAAUCAAGCUUUUCUUGAAGUCAGUACGUUAUUGUCAAAUGAGUUUGAUUUGGAUCAAUUGAACGCAGCAGAGUUGUUGUACUAUGCUGGCGACAUAACUUAUAAGAAAGGAACAUCAAUUGGUGAUAGUGCUCGAUUAGCUUACUAUUUGAGGGUAAAUUAUAUACUAAACAUACUUGGUUAUUUGAUUUCCAAAAAAAGAUUGGAUUUGAUAGUUACAGAUUAUAAGUUGUUGUUUGACAAUAUUUUGAAAAGUUUUGAAAAGAUCUACAAAUUAGUAGCAAUAUUGAAUGAUAUGAUUGAUAAACAAAAGGUUACAAGUGAUAUCAACAGUCUAUCAUUUAUCAACUGUGUCAAUUAUUCCAGAGGUCAAUUAUUUUCAGCCCAUGAACUUUUGGGUCAGGUAUUGUUUGGAUUGAUGGAUAAUUAUUAUUUACAAUUUGGUACAUUGGACAAUUACAAGAAGAUCAUUGAAUUAGUCCUGAAAAAUAUUAAUGAUGAAGAUAUUUUAAUCAUCAACUUCUUACCAUCAACCUUGCAAUUAUUCAAACAAGUAUUGAAUGCAGACAAUAACGACGCCACUGUCGAUCAAUUUUACAAACACAUUACAACUACAGUAUCUCAAGACUACAAUACCAAUAUGGGAUCCUCUUCCAAAACAGACAUUGAUUUGUCGAAAUCAAAACUAAGUGGGUUUGAAGUGUUGACAAGCUUUGUUUUCUUGACAGAAUUUAUUCCAUGGUGCAAACAACUGUCUGAAAGAACUGCUAAAUACGAUUUCAAGGAAGGAAUUUUGAAAUACAUGGAAUGGUUGAUUAGUUAUGGGGUUAUGGAAAGACUAUUAUCCUACUGUUCUGAAACUAGUAAUUUGAAAACCAAACAAGCAUACGACUGGUCCAACAUGUAUGAUUUUAGAGCAUUACUACAAAGAAACUUUCCACAGCUCACUGCAUCAAAAUUUGUUUACCCUGGUAACCAAGAAUUAAUUAAUGGAAUGAGACCUGGAUUAGAAAAUAUUCCAAAACUUGUUGAUGUUUCCUUCUUGACAUUAGAUCCAACAUUGAAUGAGACUUUAAUUGCACCAUUUUUCCAUAGUUUUUUCAGUCUGUUUAUCUGCAACGCAGCAAUAGUCUUGACAUCAUUAAGAGACUCAGAAGAAGAUUAUGUUUUAUCCUCAAUGAAUAGCAGAGAUGAAGAGGACGAGGAUGACGUGAGCCAAUCUGGUUCAGGUAGUCUGAGCAGCAAAUCAGAAGGUUUGGAUCUUGAUAAAGUUGCUCAACGUGCCGAAUUGGAAAGAUUCUAUAUGGCAUUCGCGUAUGCCUAUAACAACCGUCCAGAAUUAUGUGAAUUAUUCUGGAGUGACGAGCAGGUUACUAAUGAUAUUAUCGGUUUUAUUUCAUGGGGUCUUUCCAAUAACACAUCACCAUUGAUUACUGCCUCCUUUUGUGUCUUGUUGGGAUCCUUGGCUUCUGCAGGCAGUGACGCAGCUGCUCGUAUAUGGGAAGUUCUUGUUCACAAUAAUAGUACCACCAUGAAGAAGAAUGAUUAUUCCAAGAUUUCAAUUGAUUCGCUUUAUGAUUCCUUGAAGUACUAUGUUGAUGCAUUGAAUGAAAAUUUUGAACAAGACUUGAAUGAUCAAUUGAAAUUGAAUCAAAAGAAACAGGAUUUCUUAUUCAGUGCCAAUGCAUCUCAAAAAGAAGCCGAAGAGUCAGGAGAAAAUAGAAUAGUUAUUGAAUUAGCCGAGGACUCUAUUGUAUUCAUUUCAGGGUUCUUACAACUACUCUCAUCAAUAGUGAGAAAUUUGUCUACUGAUUAUGAGAGGUGCAGGGAAAUCAAAUCUGUUGCAUAUACAAGAUUUGCACCAAUUAUCAAAGGUUUCUUGAAAUUUGACAACUUGAUUAAUGGUAGCAAAUACCUCCAAGUUGAUGUCAACAGUCAGAGUACAAACAACCCUAAAUUUGUUGAUUUGCCAAGUAUCUUUUGUUAG